AUGGCCAAGAAAGGAGGAGAAAACGCAAAGAAAGUGGCAGGAAAUGCCAAAAAAGCCGAGGCAGCUAACAAAAAGCGUACCGCAGCAGAGCAAGCAGCAGAGGCAGCAGAGGCUUCUCAGUGGGAAGACGGCGCUAAAAAGGGAGGAAAGAAGAAAGAAGACGCUCAAUUCAAAAAAGAAGAGGCCGCAAGAAAAAAGGCAGAGAGAGACUUGCUCUUGGCAGCUGAGGAGGCAUCAUUGCCCUCAAAACCACAAAGUAGCAAACAGAGAGGAGCUGCCAAGGUCGCAGCGAAAAGAACAGGAAAGAUUGACGAUUUCUUGGAUUUCAACUCUAGCACGCCAGAAUUAAGUGCUUCUGGUCUUGAUGAUGCCUUGUCUGCCUUGGCUUUGACCGGAAAGGACGCUGGUGUGGGUGCUAAAGAUAUCGACAGGCACCCAGAAAGAAGAGUGAAGGCCGCAUUCGCAGCCUAUGAGGAAAGAAGAUUACCUGAAAUGAGAAAGGAGUCCCCGGGAUUGAGAUUACAGCAAAUGAAGCAAUUGAUUUUUAAGGAGUUCCAAAAGUCCGACGAGAAUCCAAUGAAUCAGGAAACAAAUGUUCUGUACAACGCUAGCAGGGACGACGUGGAAUACAAGAAGGCCGAAGUGCGUGGUCAAAGAGAGAAAAAGUUCAUGUGA